AUGAGUACGUUGUGGGUGUGGCAGAAUUUAUAUAUUCCGAAGCGGUUCAUUGUACUCGGCCUUUGUGCACUUGCCAUUUUAAUAAAUUAUGCAGGUUAUAUAAGCACGCAGGUUUUGGGAGGAGCGUUUGCAGAUAGGUUUGGUGGAAAAUUGGUGCUUGGAGUUGCCGCUUUUGGUUGGACUACUUUUACUUUGUUCACUCCCAGUGCUGCCAAGCUAGGUUUGAGUUACCUUCUGUCAUGCCGAAUUCUACUUGGCAUUGCAGAAGGUGCUUGUAUUCCAUCUGCUUAUUCAUUAACUGCAUCUUGGGCUCCACAAGAAGAACGUUCUCGCACUGCUGCAAUUAUGUCAGCUUCAAUUAAUAUUGGUAAUAUAAUUGCUUUACCUGUAUCUACAUGGUUGGGAUCAGGCCCUUGGAGAUGGCAGAGUAUUUUUUGGGUAUUUGGAGUUAUUGGGCUUGUAUGGUCAUUGUUUUGGCAAAUUUAUGGUGGAAGCGAUCCAAGUACUUAUAAGGGAAUUUCAAAAGAAGAAUUAAAUUUAAUUUUAAAGAAUAAUCACAGCGUAAGUGGUAGAUCUGGUUACAUUAGUUUACCCACUAGCGAAGAAGAAGUAAUAAAUAGAAACAGUGAAAAUGUUAUUGAUAUUAUUGAAGACAACGAAGUUACCCAAGAUAAUAACACAGAAGAAAAUGUUGACGCAAAAAGUUCCAAUCCUUCACGUAUCCCAUGGAGGUUAAUUCUUUCUAGACGGGAAGUGUGGGCUAUACUUGUCGCGAAUGUUUUCAAUAAUUGGGGUUACUUUGUUUUCCUUAAUUGGCUUCCUACUUAUUAUCUUGAUCGUUUCAGAGUAGAUAUAAAACAUUUAGGAUAUUUUACAGUUCUUCCUUAUAUUGUUCAGGGUAUAUCUGUAUUAUUUGUUGGAACACUUGCUGACUAUAUGACAUGCAAAAUUAAAGUCCGUGUUGUCAUUGUAAGGAGAAUUGCUCAGAUAAUUAGUAGUUGGGGUUUUGCCACAUUCCUUUUAUUAGCGACAUAUGUAGCAAAGACCCCAUUACAAGGAAUUAUUCUUAUAUCUAUAGGAACUGGAUUAAAUUCUUUUUCAAUUGCAGGAGUUAAAAUUUCUCAGUUGGAUAUUGCUCCACGAUAUAGUGGUGUAAUUUUUGGUCUUGCUAAUUCUCUGGGUAUGAUCCCGGCAAUUUUAGGUGUAUCAUUAACGGGAUGGAUCUUAGAUGCUACGGGAAGAAACUGGAAUAUUAUAUGGAAUUCAAUUGCAAUUUCUUAUUUUAUGGAUGCUAUUAUAUUUUCAAUUUUGGUUGGGGAUAAAGUUGUUAUUGAAUAAAGCAUUACAGUGACACCUCUAUAAGUG